AUGAACCAAAAAGAUGAACCCGGUACUAGCAAAGACAUGUACCACUAUGGGCUUCAACUGUACAACAGUGCAAUAGAACAUAUGUCACAUCAGCUCAACCGGAAACGAAAAAUUUACAGCGACGCACUCAUAUAUACCAUCGCUCUUUUCCAGAUCCUUGUGAUGCAAUCCCUGUCACCUAUACAAUCGAAUGGUCCAAAUGAUGUGGCUGCUCCUAAUGAUGGCUUCUCUUAUACGAUACCGCCCGAAGAAUACCAACCAAUUGAUGAACUUUUCGAAAUAAUGUCGGCCAUGGCACCUCUCUUGAAUGCUGUCGAGACAAUCAAUAUGUCCAGCCACGAAACUCGCCAGAAAUUACUAUUUGACGCCAUCGACCAUAGGAAUUUGCUAAUGGCAUGGUACACUAAAGAAGUCGAGGAUAUCGGAGGUGCCCCAUGGAUUGGCACCCCAAUUUCAAAAUUACCUUCUGCAGAACAUUUUUUCGGGCCAUCCUACUGUUUUUCUUCGCUUGAUUGCGCCAGGAUACAUGUGCUCUACUGGGCUGCAUUAUCUAUACUUCAAGGUGUAAUCGGCCAGGCAUGGUGUUAUACUUAUUUCACAUCGCCCUCUCCCCUCAAUAUCUUCAACGACAAUGAGUAUCAGCAGUCGAAAUUCUACGCUGAUGAAAUCAGUCGUGCUAUACCAUUUUGCUUGUCAGAAAGUCACAGGGCGUGGGGCUCAAAUAUUACAAUAUUUUCGCUCGGCCAGGUCGCGAAAGUAUAUUUGGAGUUUCAAUGUCGGGAGGAGUUCAUGUGGGCUCAAGAAGGAUUCAAGCUUAUGGGAAGCAUGGGAUCGGACUUCCCGAAUCGUGUGAGUGAGUUACUCGAAUAUAACUGGAGGGUACGGGAUAGUUCGAGCGCAAGUCCAAGUUCGAGCCAAUCUUCGCCGCCGACCGAUCAAGAAACACCCCCGGGCUACUUGAUUGAGGAAACGUGUUAA